UAUACACUGCAAGUUGGCCUCUUAUUUUUCUCAUCUUCUUCUCUUUCCGAACAGAUUACUCCAAAAUUCGUUCUCGAUUUUCUCUCUGGAAGAAUUUUUUUUUGAGCUAGAGAAGUUUCUAGAAAGUUUAACGAUGAAGAAUUGUGAGCUUUGUAAUGGAUUAGCUAGGAUUUACUGUGAAUCUGACCACGCGAAUUUGUGUUGGGAUUGUGAUUUGAAGGUGCAUUCAGCGAACUUUCUGGUAGCAAAGCAUUCCAGGUCGUUGCUAUGUAACGUGUGUCGAUCGCCGACGGUUUGGUCAGCUACCGGUGCGAAAAUUGGUCGGACGGUAUCUGUAUGUGAGAGAUGCGUGAAUGGUGAAGAAACUGACAGAGAAGAGGAAGAGGAGGAGGAAAUUGAUUUGGAAGAUAUUCAAGUUGUUCCGUGGUCAUCAACUCCGCCUCCACAGCCGGAGAGUUCGUCCAGUAGCAGCGAUGAAUCGUUAACUGAUUUUUUUUCUUUGAAGCGAAUGCGUGAAGAUGAUGAUAGUGGAACUUUAACGUCACAUCGGGAAGUUAAUAUGCUACCGCCGGCGACGGAGGAUCACGGCGGCGAUGAAGCUGCUGUGUUUGUAAAGUCAUAUCCGGUGAAAAUGCCUUCAAAGAUCCAGAGAACCGGUGAGAUUCUAUCGGGUCGGGUUGAAAAUAUGGGAUGUUCAGCGACGGUGGAGCUUAUCGGAAGAAUUAAUCGGGAAGGUGGAUAGCUGAAGUUUGUGGACGGCUAGGAUUUAACAGCUGCUAGCUAUAAGCAUUUGUAGCCGUCAGAUUGACUACAAACCACUAAUUUGACAAUCUGUUUUUUUUACAUGGUGUAGUAGAUGAAUUUUACAUCAUAUGGUUAAUUAGGAUUAGGAUAAGAUUUUAUUUUUCCACUCAAUUUUAUUUUUAUGCAGAAUUUAUA